AUGUCCGACGCUGUUAUUAUCAAGACCCGUAAAUUCAAGCGCAAUCCCCUUCUUGCGAGAAAGCAGAUGAUUGUUGAUGUUAUUCACCCAGGUCGGGCAAAUGUUUCAAAAUCGGAGCUAGGAGACCUUAUAGCCAACAUGUACAAGGGCGAUGCUAAAUUGACAGUCAUGUUCGGAUUUCGAACCAAGUUCGGAGGAGGCAAGAGCACAGGAUUCUGUUUGAUCUACGACAACGAAGAAUCAAUGAUCAAGUUCGAGCCCAAGCAUCGAAUGGUCAAGAAGGGAGUUUCUACAAAGAAGGAAACUUCGAGAAAGGCCAUGAAGGAAGCUAAGAACAAGGGGAAGAAGGUCAGAGGCACUGGUGCGUCCAUUGCCAAGCACAAGGCCAAACGUGCCGCAUUGAACGAGUAG